AUGUCAUCCACAUUUCUAAUUGCAUUGUGCCAAGCAAUUGAUUUGAGGCACUUGGAGGAGAAUUUGAGAGAUGCUGUUAAGAAUACAGUUAGCCAAGUUGCUAAGAAAACUCUAACAGUGGGUGUUAAUGGGGAGCUUAAUCCAUCAAGAUUCUGUGAGAAGGAUCUUCAUCAUGUGGUUGAUCGCGAAUAUGUUUUCGCAUACAUUGAUGAUCCCUGCAGUGCAAACUACGCACUGAUGCAAAAACUCAGGCAAGUCCUUGUUGAGCACACAUUGAAAAAUGGUGAAACUGAGAAGGAGGCCAACACACCCUUCUUCCAAAAGAUUGGAGCAUUCGAAGAUGAAUUAAACGCCAAUUGCCUAAAGAAGUCGAGAGUGCAAGAACUGCCCUUGAAGUGGAAAUCCCCUAUAUAA